AAGUUCUCGCCAACAAGAUCAAAACCCUUCUUCCCUCGGAGUGUUGCUGGUUCUCCCACUCGCUGAAUGGCCUCUCACUGCCACUGUCACCACCACCACCAAGCUCCUCCUCCUCCUCCUCCCACCAUCACAGCCACCACCACCACCACCCAAUGCUGCUGCUACCACAACCCACCUAACACCUGUUGCACAGCCCCGCCACCCCAACACCACCUUCUGCACCCCAUUGCAUCAUUCCUCUCUCAACCCCAACCUCACCCUAUUCUUCCUUCCCCAAAAAACUACACCAAAUCUCACACUCACCACAACCUUAACCUCCCCACCCAAAACCACCACCUUCAACACCAACACCAAACUCAUUCCGCUAUCUCAUCUCUCCUUCACCGCAUCGAAUCCCUCGAGUCCUCUCUCAAUCACUACACCCGCCACUCCCUCCGACACACCGCGGCCACCGUCAUUCAAACCCAUUUUCGCUCCUUCCUUGUUCGCAGAUCAAGAACCCUAACCCAACUCAAACACCUCGCUUCCAUCAAAUCCACAUUCAACGCUCUCAAAUCCUCCUGUUCCAGCCAUGCCCAUGUCGAUUUCGCAGCCCUUUCUCUCAAAGCCAUGAACUUGCUCCUCGAACUCGAUUCCAUUGAGGGUUGUGAUCCGAUGAUUGUAGAUGGGAAAAGGUCGAUCAGCAGAGAUUUGGUUCGGUUUUUGGACUCAAUUGAAGAGGUUGCUUUGAGAAAGCACGUGCUUUAUGUUAGAGAAGCAAAGACUGUGAGGUCUGGUAAGAAAGUUCAAACACCGAGAAAUGCAGGUGAUGACGAAAGGAGGAAGCUGCUGAAUAAUUUGAGGGAUAGGGUUGAAAAGCUUAGUAGAUUAUGUAAGGUUUCUGCUAAUGAUGAAGAAGAUUCCGAGUCUGAGGAGGGCAUUCAUGAUGAUGGGGUGACCAAUGUUUUGAUUGGUGGAAGUAGUGAGGUGUCUGCAAAGAAAAAUGGCGUCUUCCUUGGGAAGCGAGGAGUUCAAGCUGGAGUGAAGAAGAGUGUGAGGUUUGCUGAAAAUGGGAAUAUUCGUGAGGUUUAUAGUAGGGAUGUAAGAUGUUCCGAUGGAAGUUGUUCAUCUAGUGAUGAGCAAGGAGAGGUUUUGGAUAAUGUGAGUGGUGCAGUUGAGGAUGAUGGUGUAAAUUCUUAUCAGGGUGCUGAUGAGGAGGAGGAAGUGUUGGUGAUGGAGAGUGGAAGGUUUCUGGAAAAUGAGGAGAAAGAGCAGCUUCAUGCGCACCAAGAAAAGCUCAUGUACUCUGCUCCUUUGCCACUUAAGAUGGAAAAUAGAAGUGGUGUGAAGAAGAGUAAAGGUGUGAAGAUUUUGACGUGAAGGACCAUGGAAUGUAUCAUGUAUGACUUAGUUUUCGCUCUAUUUGUAUUGUUUAAUUGUAACCUAGGAGUAUUUUUUUUAUUGGAUUUCAGAUUGGUGGAGCUCAUUUGUGUGUCUAACUGAUCGCUGGUUCUGUAAUGAACUUGAAAUGUUCAACUUCAGUUGUUGUUUUUACUGCAUUCGGGCUAUCAACUUUUUCCAACACUA